AUCGGCGUCACGCGUCACGGCCACGGCCACGGCUCGCCAGCGACGUCGCCCGACAUCGACAUGAUAGGAGGAAUAGACCUCAUAGGACUGUGAUCUUCACCGUUCCGGACCGACAAGCGGCUCGCUGGCUUGCGAAGACACGCUCGAUCAAGCCUCAGGCAGCCUUGACAGCCGAGAACGUGUUGGCACCGUCGCGACAACAAGGAUGCCGUCCUUUCCGAGCGGAGUGACGCUGAAUGACAGCGUGAAAAAGCAUCUCCUUUACGCUGUGUCUCGCCUGGACCUCAAUCUGUCGCCCUCACUCACAAUUCAGCGAGCGAAAGCGCAUAGGUGGACAUGGCAGCAAGAGGGCCAUUACGCUCUCUUGCUCCUGCUGGCCAUCAUCAAUCUGAGCUAUGCAGAGAGUCCGACACUUCUUUUCAAGAUCCUCAUGGUCGCUGCCUACGUCACAGCCGCUCUCGUGCCCUUGACGAGCCAAUUCGUCCUGCCUGCCUCGAUCAUCUUUUCUUGGCUGCUGCUCUUUUGGUCGUCAAAGUACAUCCCAGUGCGAGUCAGACCGCACAUCUGGGUCACUCUCCUGCCGACGCUAGAGAGCGUCCUCUACGGCGCCAACAUCUCUGAUAUUCUUACGCGAACGAUGAAUCCGUUUCUGGAUGUGCUCGCCUGGGUACCCUAUGGCAUCAUUCACUUUGCUGCGCCCUUUGUCGUCGCCGCCACACUCUUUGUCUUCGGCCCUCCAGGAGCGAUCAAUUUCUUCGGCAAAGCGUUCGGCUAUCUCAACCUGGUCGGGGUGAUGAUCCAGGUUGCAGUGCCCUGCACGCCUCCCUGGUAUGAGCUACAGUAUGGCCUGACGCCAGCCCACUAUGGCAUGCCAGGCUCGCCCGGCGGUCUCGCGCGAAUCGAUGCCAUCUUCCAUUCGCAUGGCUACACCAAUACCUUCACCACAGCGCCCAUACCAUUCGGCGCUUUUCCCUCGCUUCAUGCAGGCUGCGGAACCAUGGAAGCGCUCUUCAUGAGCCAUUUCUUUCCGGCGGGGAGGGUGGCCUAUUGGUCUUAUGUCCUCUGGCUGUACUGGACGACGAUGUACCUGACUCAUCACUAUCUCAUCGAUCUUGUCGCUGGUGCAGCGCUCGCUGUCGGCUGCUUUUACCUCCUCAUGUCGGAAGAGAUGAGGCACGCACCUGCACUCGCCGCCGACAAAACAAGCUAUAUACCCCAUAGCAGCAGCACUAGUAGCGGAGAUGCGUAUCAGCUGACGGCGCUCGAUGAGCACGAGCUAGACGAUGAGGAAUUGGACCAUGCUCAGUUCGGUCCGGUAGACAAGAGCGCGAUAGUCCAAAGCAAGGCUACGCGUAGUCUCAGUCCGCCCUCUAACGGUGCUCGAGUGGCGAGUCCGAGGCCAGCGACAAAGGACAUAGAAGCGGGUGAUAUAGGACGAGCGAGGUCGCCGCGACCAUAACUGUAUUGCAAGCCUAGUGUCAUCAAAUGAGUAAUGAGCGAGCAACAUGUGCAUCUCUGUACACUAUGCAUGUUUAUCUUCAGAAUGUAGCAGGCUGGAACAAGCCGUCUGUCCGGCAUAGGCAUCGUCCUCCUCGCAUGACGC